GCUGCUCCUUUUGAGGGGAGGAGGAAACGGGCGCAUGGCGAAGACGGAGAGUCUGGCGGGCGAGCGAGAAGCGGAGACGGCGGAAGAGGAUGCGGGUAUCGCCGUCUGCUUGCUGGAUACUGUCUUGGACUCCUUGUACGAUUUUGGUGAAUCAUUACAUCAUGAGGGAAACAAGAAGAAAAGGAGCAAAAAGAAAAAAUCACAGAAGUUAGGAACAAGCGCCAACAGUGCUUUCACAGACGAUGACAGCAUGAAACAUGAACACAGCACAGUCAUGACAGGCAAGAGGCAAAGUGCCUCCAGCUUCUUUGAAAAUUUGAAAAAUGAACUGGAUUGUGAUUCCGUUAAUCCAAAAAGACCUCUUCAAGAACUGGGUGCCUCUGACAUUGUCCCCCAUAAACUUGCCCCGCCUGAAAAAGCAGCAGAGGUAGAAGUUGUUACAUUCCAUGGUCACAAGAGGAAGAAGAAACCUAAACUUGAAAUUGCUGACGCUUGUGGCUCAAAGGUAAAGUGAGCACAAAUUGAUAUCAAAUAA